CAAAGAGAGGCCAUAAGAAAAUAUCAGCCAAUGGAGUACCUUUUUUACCUGCUACUAAUUUCUUUUUGUUGGGCAUGUCUACGCGUGCUCAACGCAUCCGUUCUCCUUCGCCGGAAGUCCGGUUGCACCGUCCUCCCACCUGGCCCUCGCCAAUUGCCGAUAAUUGGAAACAUAUUAGCCCUCGGUGACAAGCCCCACCGAACACUUGCUAACCUCUCACAAACUUAUGGACCUUUAAUGACCCUCAAGCUUGGUAGGAUAACCACAAUAGUCAUCUCCUCUCCGAAUAUUGCCAAAGAAGCAUUACAGAAACAUGACCAAGCCUUGUCUAGCAGAACAGUCCCAGAUGCUCUUCGUGUACACCACAGAAACUCAAUCUUAUGGUUGCCUGCGUCGACUCAUUGGAAAUUUCUCAAAAAACUCACUGCCACACAAAUGUUCACUUCGCAAAGGCUUGAUGCCAGCCAAGCCCUCCGUGGAAAGAAGGUUCAAGAAUUGCUAGAAUAUGUUCAUGAAAAUUGCAACGGACACGCUGUCGACAUUGGUAGAUCUGUUUUCACAACUUCCCUUAAUUUAAUUUCAAACACCUUCUUCUCUCUUGAUAUAGCCAAUUACAAUUCUGAUUUGUCUCAAGAGUUCAGCGAACUUGUGGUGGGUGUCACGGAACAAAUUGGCAAGCCAAAUAUCGCCGACUAUUUCCCAAUACUUCGAUUAGUAGAUCCACAAGGUGUAAGACGAAAGACGAAUAGUUAUUUGAAAAGAUUAACUCAAAUUUUUUAUAGUAUCAUCAACGAGAGGACACGACCACGUUCUUCUUCGGUUGCAUCCAAUGCAAGCCAUGAUGUACUUGAUGCCCUGCUGAUUCUAGCCAAAGAAAACAAUACUGACUUGAGCUCCACUGACAUACAGGUUUUGCUUAUUGAUUUUUUCAUUGCGGGCACUGACACUACCUCAAGCACAGUGGAGUGGGCAAUGACAGAGUUAUUACUGAACCCUGAUAAAAUGGUCAAAGCCAAAAAGGAGCUCCAACAAGUCGAAGGACCAGUUCAAGAAUCGGACAUCUCCAAGUGUCCUUACCUUCAUGCAAUAGUCAAAGAGACAUUUCGGCUGCACCCACCAGCACCACUCCUGCUGCCCCGUAAAGCCGUAUCCGAAGUAGAGAUGCAAGGCUUCACAGUGCCCAAAAAUGCACAAAUACUAAUCAAUAUUUGGGCAAUAGGAAGAGAUCCAGCCAUAUGGCCAGAUCCUAAUUCGUUCAAGCCUGAAAGUUUCCUAGAAUGCCAAGCUGACGUGAAAGGAAGAGAUUUUGAGCUAAUUCCAUUUGGAGCAGGAAGAAGGAUUUGCCCUGGAUUGCCUCUGGCCCACAAGAUGGUGCAUUUGACGUUGGCAUCUCUCAUCCACUCUUUUGACUGGAAGAUUGCUGAUGACUUGACACCAGAGGAUAUAGACACGAGUGAAACGUUUGGGCUUACAUUACAUAAGAGUGAGCCUCUCCGGGCUAUACCCAUGAAAACGUGAACUUAUUUCUCUACAAUGUUACCAUGGCCUCUGGGACGAGGUAUGAGAUAUUAUUACUCUAUGUGAUCCAUUUUAUUUUUUUUUAUUCACGUGGGGUGUCCGGGCCAGCUUGCGCGUACCACGACUAUUCCCCACGGCCCACUGGACAUCCUGCAAGUCCAAGGGCAGGUUAGGCACCGCGGGGGUGACAGGCGUGCACAUAGAGGGUCGAACCCGGGACGGGGGCGGAACAAGUCACACGAUUGACCACAGCAGCUAGACCCUCAAGUGCAAAGAAUAAAGAAAAAAGAAUAAAGAGAAAUCUUAUUGAUAGAUACAAAGAGAUAAAGAGAAAUCUUAUUAUUGAUGGUGUAGUAUAUCAUGUGAAACAAGCUUGUAUGAAAAAACAUCAUUUGUAGGUUUGGUUGCCUUUUUAUGCUUGUAGCAAAACAUGGGAUCGAGACAAUUUGACAAUAUAAAAUUUAAAGCUUUCUAUCAACGAUUGUGUUAGUGUAUGUGUAUAGUAUCCCAUCAAAUAGUUACAUGUAAUAUUUAUUUUGUUUAUAUAUAUAUAUAUAGAAAAGUUCACGUUUUA